AUGGCAUCCAUUUCCGCUUUCUUCCAUUGGCUCAACCGCGAGACGGGCCUUCAAUCUAUCCGCGAAUAUGGCAACAGAGACAUCUACCUCAUCUUGAUGACUCGGUUCCUCCGCAUGUUUGCCUAUGGCGGCGCCGCCCUCGUCCUGGCAAUCUUCCUGUAUGCGCAGGCCGGUGUCAGUUGGAAACAGACGGGGACAUUCAUGACAUUGACCCUACUGGGCGAUGCCGCAAUUAGCUAUAGUUUGACAAUCCUAGCGGAUAAAGUUGGAAGACGACGGAUUCUGCUGAUCGGGUCGCUGCUUAUGACACUCUCCGGCACAGUGUUUGCAUUCAGCAAGAAUUACUAUCUGCUCCUGCUGGCCGCGGUCUUUGGAGUAAUAUCCCCAGGAGCACACGAAGUCGGACCAUUCCGCGCUGUGGAGGAAGGCAUCCUUGCACAACUUGCCCCGUUAGAAGCUCGCACGGAUAUAUUCGCCUGGUUCGCCGUCUCUUCCACCCUCGCCAUGGCACUUGGCCUGUUCGUGACAGGGUGGAUCACUUAUGCACAACGGACAUACCUGAAGAUUGACUGGAAAGAAACAUAUCCUCCAAUCUUCGGCAUGUACGCAAUCAUCGGCCUCGUCAAAUUCCUCGUCACCCUCCUCCUGAGCAAGAACAUCGAAGCAAAGGCCGCGGGGCAAUACUCCUGGGCGGCGACAACGGCGUCAAUGACCGAAGUAGACGAAGAAGUGGCUUCUCCGUCAGAACAAACGAGACCUCUGCUCGACGGCACGCCACGGCGCUCCUCAACUGCGAAACAGCCAAAUAUCACGCGCACCGCCAGCAUCCGAUCUGGAUCGCCACAUUCUCAGCCUCAACGUGGCAGAAAAGACUCUUUCUUUGGCCGGCUGCGCACCUCCCUCUCCUCGCCAUGGAAGGUCUCCCGCUCGUCCCUGCCUAUCCUAUUACGCCUCUCCUGCCUUUUUGGCCUCAACGCCUUCGCGUCCGGCAUGCUCCCCCUCACAGUCAUGUCGUGGUACAUGUCGUGGCGGAGCCGCUGGUUUCUCACCCACCGGAUCGGGUACGCCCUGUCACUCGUGUGGCUAGCCGCCUCGUUUUCGAACCUCUUCUCAGCAGCCGUGGCACGCAGGCUAGGCCUGGUCAAAGCGAUGGUCUGCACGCACCUGCCCUCGGCCGUGUUCCUGGCCCUUGUCCCGCUCGGGCUCGUGGUCUCGGGCUGGCGUCUGCUGGUGUUUCUGCUGCUCGGCGACGCCGUGUUCGGCAGCAUGGACCAAGCGCCCCGCGAGGCGUUUGUCGCGGCGGUGUUUUUGCCCAGGGAACGCACCCAAGUCAUGGGCACGCUGAACUUUGUGCGCACUCUCGGCGCUUGUCUCGGCCCCAUUGUCACGGGCAUGAUAUGGUCAAAGGAGCGAUGGUGGGUCCCCUUUGAACUCGCCGCAGCUCUUAAAAUCAUCUACGACAUAGGCCUGUUGAUCAUGUUCCUGAGGACGACAUUACCCGAGGAGCGUCGCCGCGCUGUACUUGAUGCGCGCCAAGGAGGCGCGGAUCAGCACGGCGGGGGCAUGACGGCCGCGGAGAUGGACGUCAAUGUUCUGAUGGAUCAGUUGCAGUCGGGGGAGGGUCGUGGGCUAGCGCAUCCGAGUGACUUUGAUGUCAGUGAUAAUGAGGAUGAGGAUGGUGAUGAUGGCGAUCUGGGCCAGUACAAGCCGUUGGUCAGGGAGGUGUCGUGA